UCUCUAAACGCAAAAAGGUCUCCACAAUCUUUUUCUGCUCUCUUAUAAACCCCUCUUCCCAUGUCUCUCUUUACCUCACUCAGAAGAAACCUCUAGCUCCUCUGCUUUCACCUCCGAAUUCUCUCCCAUUCACGCCGAAGGAACCCACGCAGACCCUUCAAAAACAUCAACGUCUGACUGGGAUUUCUUCUUUCUUCACAGCGAGCUCGCUCUCUCCUCCGUUUUUCUGCUUCAUGUUUGGAGAUUUGGGAUGGGUUUCUUGCACCUAAACGCUUUUGGUAUCCGAUUCUGUUUUUGGUUCAGUCGAAUUAGUUUUUGAAAUCAAAACCAGGAUAUCUAUUCUUUCGAUUCGAAGAGGAACCUGUUCUGAUAUUUACUUACUUUGGUGAUCCUCUGACCCAUCUCGAAUUCUCUUCAGUCAUUUCUAUACAUAGAAUUGUCGCCAGGUUUUCCUUAUCGGAGCCUUAAGGGAGCGAGUCAGGGAGAGAGCAGAGCAGAGCGAAUACAUAUUGGUUUGGGAUUUUCAUUUGUUUUUGGUAUCCGAUGGCUUCUAAGAAUAGUGGCAAAUCCAAGAUGGGUGUUGAUGAAUCACAGAAGAUGAACCAAGAUUGGGAGAUUGACAAAGGCAAGGAUCUUGAUUUUAGCUCUGAGAGAUGGCGAUGGAAGCCCGUUUUUGAUGAUGCUUCCAUGUCGAAUAGGCCUCUCAAGAAGAUCCGAAGCCCGGAACGUCAAGACCCAAUUAUGUCUUCUGCUUCUUUAUCUCACCAACCUUCCUUUUCAAUUCCCAGCUCUCUAUCUCCUACUUCAACUUCCUCCGUCACUCUUUGUCCCCCUUCAAGAAUUGUGUUUCCUUUUGCUUUUGAUGGGUCUCAACAAUCUUUUCAAUAUCCCCACCAAUUUAGUGCAACUUUGCCGAUGUACCGCCCACCACAGCUGCAAGUACCCCAAAAUCAGCAGGACAUGAUUUCUUUCACCUCAAACCAACAACACAACAUCGCUUAUCCGCCGUUCUUGGGCGGAGACGCCGCGCUGAUGCACCCCCAGCAACAGCAGCACCUUCUUCAAUAUUGGAGUGAUGCAUUGAAUUUAAGCCCCAGAGGAAGGAUGAUGAUGAUGAAUAGGUUGGGGCCGGACGGUAGGCCCUUGUUUAGGCCUCCGUUGCAGCCCUUAAAUACAACCAAGCUCUAUAGGGGUGUGAGGCAACGACAUUGGGGAAAAUGGGUCGCUGAAAUCCGUCUCCCUCGCAAUAGGACUCGCCUUUGGCUCGGCACAUUCGACACAGCCGAAGAUGCUGCCUUAGCAUAUGAUCGCGAGGCCUUCAAGUUGAGAGGCGAGAAUGCUAGGCUCAAUUUUCCUGAGCUCUUUCUUAAUAAGGAUAAAGCAGCGUCAACAGAACCUAGUUCGACUACCUCUUCUCCCUCAACUCCACAUGCAAGUUCAAGGCCAAGUCGGUACUCGAAGCAACCUGAACAAGCUCCGGAAGGCCGUGAUUUUCAGGCUUUGAAUAUGGAGAUGAUGCCACCACCACCACUUCCACAGCCACCGCUACAGACUCGAGAAGAUAAUCCAGACAGUGAUUCAGGAUUGGGGUCAAGCGAGGCUGCAGCGAGUGAUGAAAUCCAGGCUAUUGCAUCAGGUGCUGAUGUAGGUGAAGGUGUUUCAGAGUCACAGGAAUUAGUAUGGGGAGAUAUGCAAGAGGCGUGGUUCAAUGCAAUUGCAGCAGGAGGUUGGGGGCCGGGUAGUCCUGUGUGGGACGAUCUGGACACUACCAAUAAUCUACUGUUGCAGACACAGCUUCCCUUUGCUAAUCGGAAUCAGCAGGAACUCAAUGAUUCUGAUCUUCAGAGGCAGCAAGAGAACUUAGCCUUGCCCUCCUCCUCCUCCUCCUCCUCAUCUUGUCCAAUGAAACCCUUCUUUUGGAAGGAUCAUGAUUGAUUUAUUAGAUAAUCAUCAUUAGUGGUCGAAACCCGUGCACACACCACAUCCACAACCUCCCCCACCCAGGCAGAACUUUUUCACUAUUGGUCCUAAGUUAUGGAAGGAGGAUUAGAUAGCCUCCCAAUAUCCUUCUACUCUUUGCAAUUUGCAUUUUAGGAGAGUUUAGUCGAGUCCCACCUUUCCCGCUCACUGGUUGCACUUUUUUCACAAAACAACCUGUGAUUCCAUUUCGAGGUUUCCUAACUUUCAUAGGAUCUUUGAAGCUUCAAAGUUCAAUCCAUCUUUGCUUUAACUUCUUCUGCAGUUAAUAAGCACUUCCCCACCUAAUUAUACCUUAGAUUCUCCCCACUCCAUCUGCUUCAAAAGGCUGCAUAUUUUUCCCGGCCUUUCAGCAGUGGCAGUUCAGCUCAUUCCUUGCGUGCCAAGGCUUUUAAUCCUUGUUGUAGUAGUCUCAUGCGUGUCAGUAGACUGUAGGCAUUGUUUAGCAGUGAUGUUUUAGCUUUUGUUGUUGUCAAGGACAUGCAGUAGUUGUAGUUGAUCUAGUGCUGGACCGGCACAGGAGACGGUUUUGUGAUCUCCCUAGUUGGCCCGUCUAUCAAGAGCUUUGUUUUUCAGCUCGGAAGAUGGAAUCAGUUUGUUAUUUUGUACAUUGAGUAGUUUGUCUUAAUCGUACCAUUGUAAUGUUAAAUUCCCUUUUCUUUUUCAGUAGUAGUUGUAAUGACAGAUCAAACAAUUUGCAGCAUUCUGAUUGUCAUUAAUGUAUGGGUGAUAUUCUA